AUCGUAUUAUUUUACAAACAACUAAUUAACAUGGCUAAACGUUUUCUGAUUCUUCUUCCUCUCUUCUCAACUAUUCUUCUUCUUGCCUUAACCGUUACAGAAUCCGAAGCUUACUCGACAACAACGCCGUUUCAAGGCUACAAGCCAGAGUGCUUCACUCACCUCCACUUUUACUUCCAUGACGUCAUCACCGGUGACAAACCUACCGCCAUCAAAGUCGCCGAAGCCCGCCGAACAAACUCCCUCAACGUCAAUUUUGGCGUGAUUAUGAUCGCUGAUGAUCCGUUGACCGAAGGACCUGACCCGAGGUCAAAGGAAGUAGGAAGAGCUCAGGGGAUGUACGCAUCGACGGCCAUGAAGGACAUAGUCUUCACAAUGGUCUUUAACUUGGCUUUCACGGCAGGAGAGUUUAAUGGAAGCACCUUCGCGAUGUAUGGACGGAAUGAUAUAUUUUCGAAGGCGAGAGAGAUGCCGAUUAUUGGAGGAACCGGUGCUUUCAGGUUUGCUAGAGGCUAUGCACAGGCCAAGACUUAUAAGAUUGUUGGUCUAGAUGCCGUGGUCGAGUAUAAUGUCUUCAUUUGGCAUUAAUUAUUUCGCAUAUUUGUUGUUUAAUGUCUUUCAAAAAUAAAAUAAAUUUCACUUU